UGCACAAAAUUUUGAUUUAAUUUAAAAAGUGAUGUUAUAUUUGAAUGAAUGAAUGAUAACUAAAACUAAAAGGUUGCCGUGUUGGAUCGAUCAGAAAACAAACCCGACCCAACUCCCGAUCUUUACGCAAAGCUCUGUUUCAUCUUCUUAGAUCUGCAUAUUGCAAUUUCCAUUCCCAAUUCAACCAACCAACGAUUUUCAUUUUCAUUUUCAUUUUAAAUUUUCUCCUUUUUCUUUGCCUGCUUUUGGAUCCAACCUAAAAUCUGUUUACUCAUAUGCUUUUUUCUCAAACACUUUUUUUAACCGGAAUUCGCAUAGCAUAACAAGAGAGUAGUAGAUAAAGGGUGUUAUUUCAUACCCAACACUCAAAAUUUAAUCUUUAGCAUGUGAGCAACAAUGGGUUCUGGAAAUAUAUCACCAUCUUCUUCUAACCACAUUGACAUGUCCAUAUCAGGGCUUCAUGAAAAGCACCGAAUGGAGCUAGAAAAUUUGACUCUAACCACACAACCUUUCAAAACAUUGAAAUAUUCCACAUUGGCUGUUAUUCAAUACAUAAAGAAAACAACAUUGUAUUUAUUGGCGAAAGGGGGGUGGCUUAUGCUUUUCAGUGUUGUGGUAGGGACUCUUGGCGUAGUGCUGAUGACCCUUGGUUGCCUACAUGAGAAGCAUCUUGAGGAGUUUCUUGAAUAUUUCCGAUUUGGACUGUGGUGGGUUGCCCUUGGGGUUGCAUCUUCAAUUGGUCUUGGAUCUGGUUUGCACACAUUUGUCCUAUAUUUGGGUCCCCACGUAGCACUGUUUACAAUAAAAGCAAUGCAAUGUGGUCGAGUUGAUUUGAAAAGUGCUCCAUACGAUACAAUACAGUUAAAAAGAGGUCCUUCAUGGCUCGAUAAAGAUUGUUCUGAGUUUGGUCCGUCAUUAUUCGAGUCAGAAUAUGGUUCACAAGUUCCACUUAGCAGCAUUUUGCCUCAAGUUCAGAUGGAGGCUGUUCUAUGGGGUUUGGGAACGGCUAUAGGGGAGCUUCCUCCUUACUUUAUCUCCAGGGCAGCACGCUUGUCUGGGAGCAGAAUGGAUGGCAUGGAAGAGUUAGAUAGUGAAGAUAAAGGAGUCUUGAAUCAAAUCAAGUGCUGGUUUUUUUCACACACACAGCAUUUGAAUUUCUUUACCAUUCUUGUGCUUGCUUCGGUGCCGAAUCCUCUAUUUGACCUUGCUGGCAUCAUGUGUGGACAAUUUGGAAUUCCGUUUUGGAAUUUUUUCCUUGCAACCUUGAUUGGAAAGGCAAUUAUUAAAACUCACAUACAGACGGUAUUUAUCAUCUCAGUUUGCAACAAUCAACUUCUCGACUGGAUAGAGAAUGAAUUUAUCUGGGUUCUCAGCCAUAUACCUGGUUUUGCAUCUGUCUUGCCUAAAGUGAUUGCUAAUCUUCAUGCAAUGAAAGAUAAGUAUCUGAAAGCACCUCAUCCAGUUUCCUCAAAUACUCAGGGGGAAAAAGUGGGAUUUCUCAUUUACUUCAAUCUGGAAUACUGUGGUGUGGCUCAUGCUCAUGAACUUCUUUGUAAAGAUAGUGAAUGCAACUGCUCAGAGGCAUCUGAAGAAACAACAAGAAAGCGAGCUAGCCGCAUUAACCAAAAAGUCAGAUUCAGACACUCAAUGAAAUUUGGAUGUUCUGCAUCUGUCUGUGGCCUUAUUGUUUUCGUGGUUCGUCCUACAAGGUCAAAGUUGAAACUCACAUUGAAGAAAGCCACCAUGGAAGUUAAGUUACUUCAAAAGCUCUUCCCUAGAGUAUACUAAUGAAUAUACACAGUAGGUAACAAAAGUUGCCACUUUUAUUUGAACGGAGUAACUUUGGGGCUGCCAUUGUUUGGACAUAGAUUUAUAGAUUUUAAUUAACCACAUUUUAGCCACUGUUACAUUGGAAUCAUGGGAUUCCUACUAUUCUUUUGCAUUGCCAAGACAAAUUAUUAUUUCUACUACAGAUUGUAUUACUCACUAAUUUAAUGACGUCGAUAACUAUCGUUAUUCUGAUGUUAGUUCUGCCUUUGGGAUUGUAGACUGUGAUUCCAACUUUUACCAUUCAGAUUUGGUGUAUAUGUUUGAUUCACUUUUGUGACUAGCAAAAGUGAUUUCAGAAACAUUAGUUUCCACAUGUUUGGAUGUAUUAGAGUAUAAUUGUUGUUGUCUCCAAAAUAAAUUUGAACUUGAGAUUUAGUAUA